AUGAAUCAAAAAACUAAACUUGAAAGUGUUGCACCAUAUAUUCAGAAAUUAUAUAAAGGCAAAAAUCCGGCUUUUUCAAAACUUGAAAAAGAGCUUUCUUUAUGGUCCUUAUGUAUAAUACCCAGAUCUUUUACAUCAGAUUUAUAG